UUCGCUGUGGGAAGGCUCUGAACGAGCGCAAGGCCGAGGGGAUGAUGAUGAUGAUGAUGAUGAUGAUGAUGAUGAUGAGUUGAUGGUGAUGAUGAUGAUGAUGAGUUGAUGAUGAUGAUGAUGAUGAUGAUGAUGAUGAGCUGAUGAUGAUGAUGAUGAUGUCCCCCCAGGUGUCCCCUUCGUCCUGCGCUGCGGGAAGGCUCUGAACGAGCGCAAGGCCGAGGGAAUGAUGAUGAUGAUGAUGAUGAUGAUGAUGAUGAUGAUGAUGACAAUGAUGAGUUGAUGACGAUGAUGAUGAUGUCCCCAGGUGUCCCGUUUGUCCUGCGCUGCGGGAAGGCUCUGAACGAGCGCAAGGCCGAGGUUCGCCUGCAGUUCCGGGAGGUGCCGGGGGACAUUUUCGGGCGCCAGUGCAAGCGCAACGAGCUGGUGGUUCGGGUGCAGCCCCGCGAGGCCGUCUACGCCAAACUCAACACCAAGAAACCCGGCAUGUUCCUGCGGCCCGAGGAGUCCGAGCUCGACCUCACCUACGGCUCCAGAUACAAG